AGGCAGGUUUGUUGUUCUCUGGCAGUAACGUGUAAAAAUUCUGUAUACAUCCAGCUUUUGUUUAUACACCUAACGCUAAUAUCAUUACCAUGUUUAAGUGUGUAACGUUAAACACCCGCGAGGACUUUGCUGACAUAAAGCAACAUAUAUUACCUGCGUAUAAUGAACUACGUUAGCUUUUAACUUAGCAUUGUUCUAGUUACACACAUUAAUAAUCUGUCACAAAAGCUGUACUGCGUACUUAUGUUAUUUAAGUAUUGUUACAAGUCUGGAUUAUUUAAUGUUGUUCGGAUCAUGAAUUAUUUCAGUUGUAGCACUUUUUUAAAGCUUAAACUAUAGCCCUAUAACGUUAUCUCUGUUGUGUAGGUUUAAAAUGCAGUUUUCAGGCAGAAGGAAGAAGCUGAUCAGCAGCUCUCAGAGUGAUCUGUAUGAUCACUGUCUGCAGUUUUAUGGUCAGCCUCCUCUGGACAACAUCUCCCUCAUCGAGUUUGAGACCUUUGCAGUUGAGAGACUGAAAUUGCUCAAAACUGUGGAAAACCUUGGAGUGAGCUAUGUGAAAACUACAGACCAGUACAUCAAAAAACUGGAAGCUGAGUUUUUAAGCCUGAACUUUCCAUUCAGGGCAGAAGUGGAUGACCGAAAGGUUCCAGGAGUAACAUCUGAAUAUGAGAAACGAAGAAAAGACCAUAUCUCCCAUUUUAUUCUCCGCUUGGCUUAUUGCCAAACGGAGGACCUUAGGCGAUGGUUUAUCCAGCAGGAAAUGGAUCUUUUUCGUUACAGGUUCGGGAUUCUUUCUUCAAAGCACAAGACUGAGUUUUUGCAUAAGAAUAAUUUGAAGUAUGAGACGGUUAGUGCAGAGGAAAAGAAAUACCUAAGAGACAAGCUCAUCAACUCCAGUUAUGGAUUAAGUGGAAUCACACUAGAAGAAUAUGAUUUCUACAGAGUCCCAUUUCAGGAUGCCCUGGAUUUAGUGCGCACAAGGAAAGUCUACUUAUUGGCUGGCAAUGCUUACAUUCCCCAAAAUGAAAUUGUCACCAUUGUCCUGAAUGACUUCCGCACAAGAUUGUCCAAAGCACUUGCGGUGACUGCUCGAUCUCUGCCAGCCGUACAGUCUGAUGAACGCCUCCAGCCUCUUUUGAGCCACCUCAGCCAUGCUUAUGUGGGUCAGGAUUACAGCAUUCAGAAAAAUGUUGGAAAGAUUUCUCUGGAGCAAAUUGAUCCACUCUCAGGCAAGUCGUUUCCUCUAUGUAUGAGGCAUCUCCACAAGGCACUGAGGGAGAACCACCACCUGCGGCACGGUGGACGCAUGCAGUACGGCCUCUUCCUCAAGGGCAUUGGUCUUACUCUGGAACAGGCCAUGCAGUUCUGGAGGUCAGAGUUUGUCAAGGGGAAAGUUGAUGCAGACAAGUUUGAUAAAGCAUAUGCCUACAGCAUCCGCCACAUGUUUGGGAAGGAAGGCAAGCGCACUGACUACACCCCCUACAGUUGCAUGAAGGUGAUUUUGUCAAACCCACCCAGCCAAGGCGACUACCAUGGGUGUCCAUUCCGCCACAGCGACCCUGAACUGUUGAAACAGAAGUUGCAGUCUUAUAAAAUCGCUCCUGGUGGGAUCAAUCAGAUUCUAGAGCUGGUCAAGGGAAUGCACUAUCAGCUGGCCUGCCAGAAGUACUUUGAGCUGACACACAGUGUUGAGGAUGCUGGGUUUUCUCUCAAUCAUCCAAACCAGUACUUCACAGAGAGCCAGAAGCUUCUGGGUGGAGGCCAAGGCAUCAAGAAAGAAGUGGAGAUGUCACAAAAAAGCCAAGAAAAUCCUCCCGGUGCGUCCCGUCCAUCUCAGGCAAACCCUAAACAGGCCCAAGAGGAGAUGGGGGAUUUAGACUCCUUCUUCCAGGAUGAAUGAUUUUGUAGAACCUAAGGAAAAUACAGGGCUCUUACUUGUAUUCACUGUUUAAGACACAAUUGUCUUUUCACCAUUAAAAAACUUUCAUAUCUGUUUUUUUACCUUGUCUUUAUAUUGAUAAGAUUCUUCUCAAAUUACAUGUUUUUACC